AUGGCUGAUUUAUACCCUUCAUUGGCGCAGUGCGCCAUCGUUGCGGGUGCCCUCAAAGUGCUGCUUUUCCCCGCAUACAAAUCUACCGACUUUGAGGUCCAUCGCAAUUGGCUCGCUAUCACCAAUUCGCUGCCAGUGAAUGAGUGGUACUAUGAAAAAACCUCAGAAUGGACCCUCGACUAUCCCCCCUUCUUCGCGGCGUUUGAGUGGCUCAUGUCCCAGGCGGCUGCAUAUAUUGAUCCGGCAAUGCUGGUGGUGAAGAACCUGGGCUAUGACUCGUGGGAGACAGUAUAUUUUCAGAGAGCGACGGUCAUCCUGACGGAGCUGGUCCUAGUCUAUGCGUUAAGCCUAUUCAUCAAGUCUACCCCCUUAGCGAACAAGUCCGCCGCCCAUAUAGCCAGUCUCUCUAUCCUUCUCUCGCCGGGCCUAUUCAUUAUCGACCACAUCCAUUUCCAAUACAACGGGUUCAUGUACGGGAUUUUGAUCCUGUCCAUUGUCCUAGCUCGCAGACAAUCAAAGCUUCUUAGCGGAAUAGUGUUUGCGGCCCUGCUAUGCUUUAAGCAUAUCUAUCUUUACCUCUCCCUCGCCUAUUUCGUCUAUCUACUCCGCGUCUACUGUCUCGACCCGAAGAAUUUCCUCCGACCCCGCUUCUUUAAUACCAUCAAGCUUGGGGUUUGUAUACUUGGGAUCUUUGCGAUUGCAUUUGGUCCAUUUGUUCAGUGGGGUCAGAUUCUUCAACUGAAAGACCGACUCUUCCCAUUCUCACGAGGAUUAUGCCAUGCGUACUGGGCACCUAAUGUGUGGGCUUUGUAUUCGUUUACCGAUCGAGCUCUAAUUCCAUUGGCUCCACGCCUGGGAUUGACUGUACACCAAGAAGCGCUCAAUAGCGUUACUCGGGGUCUCGUGGGAGACUCAUCGUUUGCUAUUCUUCCCGAGGUUACCUCGCAGCAAACCUUUGUGCUAACCUUCCUCUUUCAGCUUGUCCCUCUCGUGAAGCUUUGGCGCCAGCCUGAUUGGGAUACCUUUGUCGGCGCCAUCACCCUCUGCGGAUACGCCUCCUUCCUUUUCGGCUGGCAUGUCCACGAGAAAGCCAUUCUCCUGAUCAUCAUUCCUUUCAGUCUGAUUGCCCUCAAGGACCGCCGUUACUUUAGCGCGUUCCGCCCUCUAGCGGUUGCGGGCCACGUGUCUCUUUUCCCGCUGCUGUUUACAUCGGCCGAGUUCCCGCUUAAGACUGUUUACACCGUUUUCUGGCUGAUCUUAUUCCUCUUUGUUUUUGAUCGUGUCGCGCCGGUUCCUGAGCGUCCACGUAUCUUUGUGUUUGACCGUCUCUCCUUGCUGUAUCUGACCAUCGCGAUCCCACUCAUAGUGUACUGUUCUCUGCUGCACCAACUCAUCUUUGGAUUCGAGCGCUUGCAGUUCUUGCCCUUGAUGUUCAUGAGCAGCUACUCUGCGCUUGGGGUGCUAGGGAGCUGGAUUGGAUUCAUGGUGGUGUACUUUACCGCAUAG